AUGAAAAGGAACAAGUUAUGGACCGCCUUUCAAAUCAUCUUCCCGUUCAUGUUCAACGCCGGAUUCCUUGCGUUUGUGAUAUUCAUGCGGGUCAGUUUUUCUUCCUAUGUUCUGUGGUUUGAUCAGAAUAUAGUUCGUUCAGAUUUUGAAUGUCAAGUAGAAUGACGUCAUUCGAAAACGCUCUGUGUGUGGCUCGCCCUCUGAUUGGUUUAUCGCCACAUUAGGGGCGGAGCUUGAGCGAGGACUUGCAUUUAAAAUCUGAACAGACUAUAUUCAUCCUUGAGUGAUGGCUGGGUAAAGCCGUGACUUUUCCAUAACCGUUCUUCGGUUGGGUUGCGACGGGGAUCGAACUUGUGACCCCGUGAACCGUAGACAGGCACACAACCUGUUGCGCUACGGCGCUCAAAGUAAAACAACUUCAAAUAGUCUUCAGGGGAAGAAAGACGUGCUUGAAGUGGACAAAGUAUCGAUCGGAAUGCUCACAUUGGGUCUCGACAAGCCUGACCUUGACGACGUCUUCUUCAACACAACUGUUGGCUUAUAGUGAAUCUAGUUUUCGUGAAAGUCCUGAUUAAUUUUGUUUUUCAGUUGCGAAGAAGCUUGUCCAACAUUCGAAAGCAAGAUAAAAACAAAGGUUUGGAAGAGGGGAUUUUCUAUACUUCCUUCGCCACGGCUUGGAACAGUCUGACUUGUCUGCGCUCUCUUCUCUCUCGCCUGCGAGAAAAAUGAAAAUAACGCGUAAACAGGAGAUGGUCGCGUAUUGUCUGUUCAGAUUUUGAAUGUUUUUCGCGUCUUGAAACUUGUUUUUCUCUGCAAACCUCUCUUUUUACGUGCUUUCUGUGUUUCUCUGAUUCCGCCGGUGAGAGAACAGAGAGACGCAGAGAGUCGUGUCGCGGGGAAGGACUAUACAAUGACGUCAUUUGAAAACGCUGUUGUUGGCUCGCUCUCUGAUUGGUUCUUCGUGCUAUUAGGGGCGGAGCCUGAGUGACAAGUCGACAUUCAAAAUUUAAACUGACUAUAUAAAGACCACGCAGAUCACGGCCUUCCUAAUGGGGAGAGGGAAGGUGAGCGAGGCGUCAAAGUUUCUGAAUUUACAAAAAAAAAGUAAGUGCGCGCUUCGGAUAAAAGGACUGUGACGUCACAGCUGCCUAUCGUUGCAAAUUAAACUGAGUAUUCAACGGCAUGAAGAAUACAUUUGGCUGCGUACUUGAGAUUACAAAUUUUGCGCCAAAAUGUUUUUGGCGUCUCCCCACCCCGUUUGGGAACGCCGUGCAGAUGUCAGAUAGUUCCAAACCGUGGCGAUCAGAGUUAUUCUUAAACUUUGUCCCUUUGGGGAGAAUCGAAGGAAGUUUCAAAUUCAGUUGGGCGGCAAGUUUCUCAUCGAGACCAACAAGGAAGACUUUAAAUAUUCGAUGGAAGAUGCAAAGUUUGCCCCCUUUUUUCCGACCAUGAAUAUCUUUUUUCAGCUUUGGAAUCCACGUCAAGUAUUAUGACCCGGCGCGCAAGUAUUUGGAGUUUGUUUUAGUUAUGAACACGAUUCAUGAGGAAUACAAAGAUUUCAAAAUCGAUAAAACCUGGGAGCGACAUUUCAUCAAGGGGUGAGUUGGAGCAUUUUUCAAGACUAUGGUAUUUUUUUUAUUUGUAUAGUCAAUUUUUCCCGACUUGAAAGGCGAGGGAGGCGGGGCAAAGGGCGGGACGCGUAGCGUGUGCGUUCGCGGUCCUUGGCACGUGUUCAAUUCAACCGCCAUCGACUCUUUGAAAAGCCCGUUUUCUGCUCUUUUUCAUACCUUUUUCAAUUAUUUAUUGAUUAUAUCCAUGUUUGCAUCAAAAAAUAGUAGAAAACAUUGAAAAAGAGCGGUUGCCGAGCUUUUUAAAUAGUCGGCGACAAUUGAAUUGGACUCGUGCCAAGAACCGCGUACGCACACGCUACGCGUCCCGCCCCUUGCUCCGCCUCCCUCGCCUUUCAAGUCGGGAAACAUUGACUAUAUCGGAUGUUUUAAAGAUAUAUUUUUCUUGUGUCAGAAGGUUUUGAUAAGUAUAGCCUGUGCACCGCGACUUGGAAUUUCACCAAACGACAUUCCGCUGUGCCGCCGCGCGCCUUUGCGAACAUUGGUCGCGCAUUUAAUUUUUUUUUUUUUUUUGAAGGUACUCUACUUUCAUGUGCUCCCACAGCAAUAAAAAUCAAUUGAAAGCGUGACCUAGAUUCGAAAGACGCGAACGCACGCAGCGGAACAGCGGAACGUCGUUCGGUGAAAUUUCAAGUCCUCGCACACAGACUAUAACUCACGAAGAUUUUUGGUGUGAAUAUUGAAAAAAAUCCUUUUUUUUUAAAGAUUUUUCCUAGGGACCGCAGACGAAUUUUCAAAAAAAUUUUUUCAGCAUUGAGCUUUGUAUGGUUUGAUAGCUGUUUCGAUUCAAAACUCAGAAGCGUUUAGUUUUUCAAAAAAGAUUGAGGAUGAAAAAAGUUAUGACGAAAAAUGUGACGCGCCGCGCACCAUUUUUUUAGUACUGAAAUUUUGGUAUUAUCCAUUUUUGACAUUUUUUUCGAUUUUUCUUCUAGAACAAGUUUUGAUACUGGUCUAUUAUGAUGUAACAAAUCAUAAUAGAGUGCUAAAAUGAUGAAUAUUUGCUAGUUUGCCGAAAAAGUCAGUAUUUUCCAGAAAACAAAAAACUGACGCUUGCGGGCAUCGAACUCGCGACCUCAAAAUGAAAAAUCGCAGCGCACGCACUGCGCCAAGCUGUCAGGUCUAGCGCGGGGAGCUUCCAUCCGCCAUACCCUUCAGCCGUUUGAAUAGCACAGAUUGCCUAUUUCAAAAAUAAAAGCUUGAAGUAAUUUAGCUAUUUUUAUCAGAAUAUGUUCGCAAAUCUAUACUCAAACUUUUCGUGGAAAUUCAUUCGAAAAAAACUGUUUUUUAGUGCUUUUUGCCUCGUUUAACGAUCGCUGCCUUAAAAACGGCCUCGUAAAUUUUUUUGGCAAAAGACGAAUUUUUUUAUUUUAUUCUUUUUAAUUGAAAGAUUUUUUUACUAAUAAAUGUAUAUAAUCGUUUAAAAAAACCUGCGUUCGACCGCUUUCGGUGUGAUAAACGCCGCUAAUUUUAUUCUCUAUUUUUCAAGAGCAUUUUUUUGCGUAUUAAACAACUUUUUUUCAAGCACAUAUUCUGUGGAGAAAAUAUUUAAGUAAGCCCGUGAUCUAAAUUCUGAAAAAAACAAAAAAACUCGAUUAUAUUCGCUUAUUAACGAUAUUUUUGAAUUAUGACUUUCGGCACUCCCUAAAAAUUUUUUUGGCAAAGACGAAUUUUUUUUAUUUUAUUGUUUUAAAAAUUACCGUUACUUGAAUCAAAAAUCAUUAUUUAAAAAAAGAAAAAAAGUGCGUUCGACCUGAAAAAGACAUGAAAAAAAGCAAAAAAAUGACAAAGUUUUUUUAGUUCCAUUCACGUUUCUGUACGACAUUCCGCGAGAACGCAUCAAAAAAGCUUGAAAUAUUUUUUAAACGAAAGAGGAAGCUUUUCUGUACAUAUGUGUCAAAUUUUAUUAGCCAGUUCCUCAUAUUUUGCAACUACAACAAAAUGAAAGUUGAAAACCAAAAAAAAGCCACUUUUUCUAUCGCGAAAAGGGGCGUGGCUUUGCGGUCCCUAGAUUUUUCCGCACAUUUUUGGCUCAAGCAGAACAAAUUGAAAUAUUAGACCAUUCAGAAGACAUAAAGCGACGAUAACUUUGAUUUCAGCAACAAGAAAAGUCUUUACAUCCCUCAAAUAGCCGACGUUCAGUUCGAACUAAUGCAGAUUUUCUUGAAAGACGCCCAGGUUAAAGUCGACGAUAAAGUGAGCUUUUUUUUCACAUCUUAUAAGCUUCAAAAACGACGUUUCUCUUUUCAAUUAAAAGCUGAAUCAAUUAAUAAAAACCUUCUUUUUUGUUGCGAGUUUUGAGAACUGAAAAUGUGAUCUUUUUCACCAAACAGUUCAAAAUUAAGCUUCACGUCGUUAUACCAUGUAAAGAUUUUGAAUGUCAAGUACCAUGACGUCAUUUGGAAACGCUCUCUAAUUGGUUUAUCGCGCCAUUAGGGGCGGAGCUCGAGCGCCAACUUGACAUUCAAAGUCUGAACUCUUACACUUCUCAAUGGCUGUUGAAAUCCCUUUGAAAAAAGUCUACGACUUUCCGCAAACCUCUUCUUCAGGUCCAUCUUGUCGAAUUGGAGCCGGACUCGGUGAAAGAGAGCUACAUGGCAUCUCUCAUGUCGCUUUUCAAGUUUGCGAUGCCCAUGAUGAUGUUCAUGAUCGUGUUGGUCACUUCCCGAGAGAUUGCUGCAGAGAAGACAACUGUAAAGGCUAGUGAAAAUAACUAUCAUCAUUACUGAAUUGACAGAGCAAAAAGAGGAAAAGAACGAGAUUUCAUUUCCCAAGCCGUGUUCAAAGUGAUUUUCGCAACAUGCAAAAUUAUAUCUGAUUCUACGAAAUUCAGUCAUAUUAAAAAAUAAUAUUUUUUUUAGGCUUACGGUAUUAGUGAGGUGCAUUAAACUGAACAUUAAACUUUACGCGCAUUUUUUUUGUAAAAUUAUUUUUUUUAAUGGCGUGUUCAUCGGACAAAAGGAAAAUUGUUCCGAAACGCAAAAAAAUUGCUUCAAAACAAAAAUUAGUACUGUUUUGAAGCAAUUUUGGCGCGCCAAUGAACACGAUUUUUCGUUUUGAAGCAAGAUCCGUUUCUCCCAUUAACACGCCAUAAACUUAGGCUUAAAAGUUAACUUUUUAUUUCAAAUUAAAAAACUUCGCUUAGUUUUAUUGAAAAUAUCUUUACACAAUACAAUUUUGGUUUUUGUUUUCUGAAGAAGUUUCUAGUUUUUCUUAUUUGGCGAAAAUGUUUAAAAAGUUAAAAAAAAAAAGAGUGGAACAGUUUCUUCUGUGUACAUAUAAACUUUUUGUGCUUCAGGAAUACCUGCACACGUUCGGAAUGACGUCGACAGAGUUUUACCUGUCGCACGCCUUGUUCGCCUACUGCAAGUACCUGUUCAUCUGCGCCCUGCCUCUCUUUAUUGUGGCUUUUUGCGUAGAGGUUUUCUCCUUUUCAAAAUCAAGAUUCCAAAGAUGUAUAUCGAAUAAUUUAGCGAUUGGGUGCUUCCGUGUUGAUCUCGUGCAUCAUCCUUUAUGGAGCCGCCUCUAUAGCUUUUUCGACGGCUAUCGGAAUCGUUUUCGAGACAAGCUCUGGCGCGCUCAAAGGUUGCAAUAUCACUCCUUUUUUUUGACGACGCCACGCCCACAUUUUCUCCGUAAAGUGUAGUGUACCGUGUGCAUGCACUGCGCCGCUUUUGAGCAGAAAAUUGCGAUAAUGUAGAGAAAUUUCGAAUUAACGAAUUAAAGUCUGCUGGCAAUACGGCGGCCUGCGCCUUUAAUAAGCCCUGUUAUUUACGCUCUGGAGCCGAAAUUUCUGCCGUUCCCAUGACGUCACGUGGGAACGGUGGAUAUUUUGGAUCCGCGCAACGUUUUUUUUGGCUUCGCUUUUUUUUUCCACUUACAAAAACGCCGUAAUUUGCCUUUUCAAAAUGGAUUUCUCGCUUUUUGUAUUUUCAAUUAUAUUUCAUCCCGCGACAGCUGUCACGGUUUCUUGUUCUCCAAGCUUCAGAGCCGUUCCCUUCGAUGCGCGAGGCCUGUCUCUGCGCAUGCGCCUUUAAUUUAGCCUGCGAUAUUAUUAAAGGCGCAUGCAAAGAUACCAAAAAGGGUUCUGUACCUUAGAUUUAAAAAAAACCGUGGAAAGCUGGUGCAGAAAGAACUAUACUUUAACAAGAAACGGAGUCAUUUCUGCUGAUUUUUUUGAAUGCUAAUAAAGACUUACCAUUUAUCGAUUUAUUGAUUGAUUUAGGUACACUCUUCGCAUGGGCCAUUUCAAUCGCCAUGAUGGUUUGGACGCCGGAAAUACACAACGUGUCCGGCUGCAACCUCGUUUCGCUCAAUUUGAACUCGGCCCUCGAUUUGUUCUUCAUGUCCGCUGACGCAUUCCUUUAUUCAGGUUUUUUUAUUUUUUAUUAACAAGCGUUUUUACCUAGGAAAAAGGUAUAGCUUUUUUUGUAACUUUCGCUUUGAGACCAGGUUUUAUUUUCUCCUUUUUACCUGUAUUUUUCACUCUCUUUGCAGUUUUUCAAGUGUCUUGAAACAAAAAAGAUUGUGAUUACGGUAGUUUUUUUUCUUGUUUUGAAAACGUGACCGCCUGGCGCAGAAUACUGUAGAUUUUUUUGAGAAGAAACACAGGAGAAAAAAUCUACCGUAACCGGCUUUCGCUUCAAGACACUCUAAGAAGGAUUUCAGAGAAGCUUAAAAAACGAGUCUAAAGACGAAAUUUACGCCAAGGGUGUACUGUAUACGGUUUUAUACAGAAAAAAAAAAUAAAUUUUUUUUUUAAAAGUAGACAGAAAAAUAAAAAAGGAAAUUGAAGAAAGAAGGGGAAAAGAAACUGAUGAAAGGGGUAAACUGUGCUUUGUGAGUCAGAGGUAGAACAAAAUGCAGUUUUUGAAGAUUUUCGAUCCGAUUUUCAUUAUUUUUUGACUUUAAGGUCGCCGACGAAGUUGAAAUUUUUUUAAAAGGUGAAUGUUUAAAAUGAAGAGGCGAUAAAGUUCGAGCCAACUUUAGGCGAGUUUCAGGAAAUUAUCAACCUGAUGCUGAAAACAUUGUAUUGAAUUAGAAACCCGAUUUUUUAAAAAUUUUUUCGCAAAACUUUCCUGAAGGCUGUGACGUUCAUUUGGGAGUGGAAAAGUAACUUUUUUUCGCACGGUUCAAUCACUUGAAAUUUUUGAGCUUUGACAUCACCUUUAGAAAUUUUAGAAAGCUUUUAAAGUUUCUUCUAAGCCUUGAAAAUUCGAAUUGUUAGGACUCUGACAACACCCUUUAAAGUCCUAAAUGAAAAACCGACUUUUUCCUCAUUUUAGCAAAACUUGAAAAAUUCACCAAAAUGUGACCUUUCUGUCUUCUGAGAAUCUUCAGAAACUUAAUUUUUUUUUGUUUUUCUGUUUUGCGAGACUCAAAAACAUAUAAAAUCUUCAAGGCGACGACAUCACCUUCGGGAGUAUGUUCAAGCAAGGUGACAAGGUGUUCACGGUCGGAAACGCCCUCGUGUUCUUGUUCAUCGACAUAAUUUGGGUCUUGUUUGCCGCCUGGCUUUUGUCGAAAUUGCGCGACGGAGUCGUGAAAAAAAUCCUUCAGUCAAUCUUCACGAAAGCCAAAGAAGCGAAAAAGUCGGGUGACGAAGUUUGUUUCAUUUUUGGAAGAUUUUUUGAAAUUCUUCUCUGCGAUUUUUAAAGGAGCAUAUAGCCUUCUCCGCAUUUGAAUUUUAAGACGUCGCUCAAGCUCCGCCCCUAAUUGCGCGAUAAACCAAUAAGAGACCGAGCCAUCCACAGAGCGUACUUGAAAUUCCAUUUUUUUCAAAAGAGUGUAUUGAAUAAAAACCAAGAAAGACAUGAUUUUGGGAUUUCUGACGGUUUGUAGGAAACAAGCUUAAGAAAAAAUUUGAUAUAAGCCAUUUAUUGAUUGAAAAAUGGGCGGCCCAUACAAGCUUGAAGUCAAAUUUUUGACCUACCUCUUGGAAAAAAAUUCCUCAAAACCCAUAAGCUUCUUUCUAUUUGAAGAAGAUAUACGGAAAAAUACAGCGGAAACUUUUUAUUUAUAUAUAAUUUCCCAAAGAAAAUUCUUAUACUGCUCUCAAUCCUUUAAGACAAUAAUGAAAAAUGUCUUUGUAAGUAUAUGCGCCUUUAAAAACCUCAGUGAGGAGUUUUGAACAGACUGGGAAAAUUUUCAGUAGACACUAUAGAGGUUCUCUGUUUAGUGGCCACUUCAGUAGUUUUUCAUUCCUUCCAGUAACUCUGAUAAUAUAAAAAAAAAACCAGAUUGGACCAGUUAUGUUGAUCCACUGACCCCUAAAGUGGCCACUAGAAUUUUUAGUGGUCUAGUAGUAGCACUUAGACCUCUAUAGUGGCCAUUAGUUUUUAAAUUCUUGAGUAGCCACUAAUUUGACUACUAUAGUGGCCACUAAAACGUCAAAACCCUAUAGUGGCCACUUAAAGUUUUACCAGCUAACGGAAGUUACAAAAAUAACUGAUUCAAAUGCAGAAAGAAGGCCCAAAGGAAGAUUUCGGUUGGAAUGAAAUUGUGAACGGGAGAAACGAGGCCCAAGCUGACAUCGAAGUCAACAAUCUCGUCAAAGUAAUUUAUCGAUCCAUUCAUUUUCUUUGCAGCAUCGGGAUGCUAUAAGAUGGAUCUAUAUGAACAUUUAAAAAAAAACAGUUCGACCUGCCUGCGCCCUCUUUUCCCUAACCGGCGAGGUCACAGAAACGCGAAAAUAGCGCGUCAACAAGAGAGUUUUUCGAGAGAGUCCCGCCCUUUCAACUCGCGAAAAUCGGACUACAUAAGAUAGAUUUAUAUGAGAAUUCAAAAAAACCUCACAGUCUGACCUGUCUGUGCCCUCUUUUCUCUCGCCUGUGAGAUCUUGAAAAAGGAAAGAACGAGCAAACAGGAGGGGGUCGCGUCAGAUUUUGAAUGUUAUACUCCGUUUUUCACGAUACGAAACUGCUGUCCUUCUCUGCGCCCUCCUAGUCUCUCGGCGUCUCUCUCAUGUUGGCGUGCUAUUUUCUUGUUUCUCUGACCUCGCCGGUGAGGAAGAGAGACGCAGACAGUGUCAAAUGGCGGCGAACGGACUUUAUCCCGGACAUAUUGCUUCGGCUAUUAUAAAAAAGCCACUGUAUGAUUCGAAAUAACAAUUUUUCAUCAAAUAUCUUUAAACGAAACUUGGAAGAAUAAAUUUCAAGUUUUUCUAUCCCAGGUCUGGCCGACUGGAGAAAAAGCCGUACGAGGCGUGACGAUGCGGGGUCUCCGUGGCGAAGUCUCAGUCCUUCUCGGUCACAAUGGUGCCGGAAAAAGCACGACUUUUGCCUGUCUCGCCGGCAUGUGUCCCCUCACGGAAGGUGAGGCUGAUUUUUGAACAUUUAGGCUUGAAAAUAUUACUUUUUCGACUUUCUCAUAGAAUCUGCGCAUUCCCAUCUUCCUCAGGAUCCAUCAAAAUCGGCGGCAUCGACCUGACGAAAAACCUGGAUGGGUGCAGAAAAAUCCUGGGUCUUUGCCCGCAGUACAAUCCGCUGUUCGAUAAACUGACAUGCUGGGAGCAUUUGUGGCUGAUCAACGUCAUCAAAAACGCACCCGUGACGGAAUUCGCGAAGGAGGCGAUGAGCCUUCUGGAUCAACUCGGCCUGACUCCGAAGAAAGAUGAGGUUUUGUUGGAUAGAACCGGCAUUUUCUAGUUUUCGGUCGGGGAAUUAUUUGUUGGGGAAUUAUAUAAAAAUUGGUUAGAGUACUCCUUGAUGUACCCGAUGAAGUUUUUGAAAUUCUCAAUCUGAUAAAACUUCCUAUUUUGGGAAAAGUUAUUUGAAUUUUUUUUCGGGAGGUUGAGAUUUCGAGUUAAUUUUCGGGAAAAAAUUGAGGUUAAAAUAGAUAAAUUUCUCUGGAAAUGUUUAGUGACCACUUUAGGGUUUGGACGUUUUAGUGGCCACUAUAGUAGUCGAAUUAGUGGCCACUUACAGUCCGUUUUUCUCGACUUGAAAGGACGGGACUUCUCUACGUCCUCCUCGUCUGUCGGCGGCCCUCUCAUGAUUACGUGAUAUUUCCAUGUUCCUCUGACCUCGCAGGCGAGGGAACAGAGAGACGCAGACACGAGAAAACUGCCAAUCGAUAAACUCUCAAAAGUCGAAAAAAAAGAUUUAAGUUUUUUGGGCUGCCUCAAAUUUUGAUCUCAUUGAACUCCUAUUUUUUCUGAAAAAGGUUCCAGGAAGCUCCGCCCCUUUUUUAGGUUACUGAGUGAGGAUCUCUGUUUUUAAGGCGCCUUGUCUCGCAAAAUCAGAAUUUUGUGCAAGUUAGGACUUUUAUAACCUUUGGUACAGCAAACUGUAUUUUGGCCAAUUUUUAUAACAUUCUUAAGCACAAAAUUAAAAUGACCUCCUUGUGAGUUUCUUCAACGCUAAUGAAGUUCAUUCAGCUUUCCCAAAACCUGUCCGGAGGAAUGAAAAGGAAACUCUGCGUUGCCAUCGCUAUGAUUGGUGGAAGCCAGGUUUCUCUUCUUGAAUGAAGAUUAUUUUUAUUUUAUUUUUGUAGGUUGUGCUGCUCGACGAACCGACGGCAGGAAUGGACCCAGGAGCUCGUAUCGACGUCCAGAAGCUCCUUCUCAAUGAGAAGAAGAAAAGGUAACGUUUGAUAUGAAAGAAAUCAAUGAUUGUAACUUUCGUGGACAUUAUUGUAGAGUUUAAUGAGAAUUGACAGCUUUCAGGACAAUUAUUAAGAAAAAGAAAAGAAAGAAAAGAGUUCAGAGUAAGUCUUACAGAAGUAUACUGUUGACGACUCAUUACAUGGACGAAGCCGAAAGACUCGGCGAUUUCGUUUUUGUGAUGACUGCGGGAAGAGUGGAAGCCUCGGGAAGUAUCGGUUUCCUCAGGGACAAGUCCGAAAACGGAUCUGAACUUUUCAUCUCGAAAUGUUCUCCAGAUUCGGCAGCGGAUACACUCUUUCGGUCGUGGCCGGCGACGAAUCGACCAACAAGGAAGAGCUUCUCAAGAUCUGUCGGCACUACAUCAAAGACGCCAAGAUGGUAGAAGAUCUGACUUUUUUAUGUUGGGCAGAUGUCCCACCGGGUGUACCCGUUUAUAGUCUGCUCAGAUUUUAAAUUUCAAGUGGAAUGACGUCAUUCGAAAACGCUCUGUGGAUCGCUCGCUCUCUGAUUGGUUUAUCGCGCCAUUAGGGGGCGGAGCUUCAGCGAGUACUUGAAAUUUAAUAUCUGAACAGACUAUAUACCUUUUGAUAACACUUCUAUUAGGCUGUUCGGGCCUCAGAUGUGCUGAAAUUGGUUUAAAAAGCGAUAGGUGACCCAGCUGUGUCUAUUUCCAAAGUCUAAAACUCGACUGUACCAAAAAAAACGGAAUCGUGGUAAAAAAUAAUGCCAAGAUGGGAUACGUUUCAACUUUUCUCUAAAAAUGAUUUUAUUUUGCAAAUUUUCGUUCAAUAAGUAAUCGUAUUUUUAAUAUUUCAAAAAAUGAAAAGGUUGGCUUGGCUCAUCGAAUAUGGGUCCUGACACGAUAAAAAAAAGAUAGUGCAUUGUUGGGGAGAGCGCAGACAGGCCACGCCCCUUAGUGUGCUUUGAAACGGCCCUAUAUAGUAUCGAGAAAGGUUCAAAGGUGUUUAGAGUGAUCGAACUUCGAAGGUUCCCCUCUAGGGACCACUUCACCUCCUUCUAGAUAAAGCUUGCAAAAAUGACCCCUAUAGGGGAUUUGCUGGUCGAUCAAUUUUAUAAACUCUAUGACGCGAUAAGAAAGAGAUAGUGCCUGGUUGGUGGAGAGCGCAGACAGGCCACGCCCCCUUAAGAUCUCGAGUUAAUCAGGAAUGGAUCUACAAUUAGAAAUGCACAAAAGUCUGUAUUUCUUGAGAAAUUAUUGAAUUCGCGCCAAUAGAUCGGUGUACAGAAAGUUGCUUACCGUAACCUAAUAAUUGCAAGGUCAAUUUUUUUAAAAUGAAUUUUCCGUAAAUUUAUUCGGAUCGAAAGCUUAGAUUACGUUUUAUUUUAUUAUAAAAAAAUUUGUGGAAAAAGUUUUUUUCAUCCAUGGAGCAACUUUGCUUCAAAGCGAAUUUUUUUCAAUGGCUUUUUUUGGUUCCAACUCAAAAAUUGAAUUUUUUUUUUUCAAUUUUCUUACAUUAAUGGUUCAAUAACUUCGAAUAUUAAAGCCAUUUUUUCAAUUCCACCGCAAAUUUUUUAACUUUUCACUGUCAAAACUUCUACAGGGUCACCAGAACGGCAAACAAAUCCAAAUUCACUUGCCCGAAACGGAAAAGAAGACGAAAUUCGUGCCGCUGUUCCAAGCUCUCGAGAGGAUUCAGGACAAAAAGUUUGAAGGAAAUUACCGUUUUGAAACUUCUGGUCAUUAAGCAUGAUGACGUUCAAUGCCGCAACCUGCCGGCCGAGUACCGUAAACGUCAUGAGAAAGUCGAACAUUACCACGUUUGGGCUGUCGUUGAACACGUUGGAGCAGGUCGGAACCGCUUUUUAACUCCUGACAUAGGCAUUAGGGUUGCACGGAGUUUCGUUACCUGUCUUUCGCAUGAAACUCUUUUUUUUCUUCUUUUUCAACAUUUUUUUUUGUUCCAUGCAACCAUAUAAAUUAUUAUUUAGAACCACCUCGGAUCUUAGAAAUCUAGAGAAUGAUCUUAAAAAGUGGUCUCCGUUUUUUUUUUUCAAUUUGGCCUGCACAAACAAAGCCCAAACGACCUCAGGCUUUUUAAAAAAAGAGCCUAAAGCUUCUUUUUAAGUUCCUUUAAAGGGGUCAAAAAUUUUCCAGGAAUCUCCCGUUUUCCACCUUUUUCUGCCUUUAUUUCACACGUUCUUAAGAGGUUCUUUUCAGAAAAAAUCUAAAAAAGGUCUUCCAAUUUGAGACUUUUUGGACUUUGCCUGUGCGGGAGCUUUUUUUAGCCCGGUUUUCAGAAAUCUGUCAGUUAUUUUUUAUAUUCAGUAAAGUCUUUUAAGUUUUAAGUUUUGCAAAUGCAAAUUGAUGCAUAGCCGUUCGAAAACAUGUUCUUCAAAAGCAGAGGCUCAAAAAAGGCCUCAGAAAGGCAGCAAAAGGGCAGCAAAAAGGGUCGAUUUGUCGAGCCUUCUAUCUUUCUAGGACUUCAAAGGCUCGAGAAAAGGUAGAAAAAGGAAGGGGCAGCAAAAAUUGUGCACAAGUGCUGGGAAAAUGGCCCAAAAAGGCAGAAAAAAGGGACAUUUUUGUGGAGUCUUUUUCGACCCCUUUUCAACUUUUCUUAUGAGAUUUUUUGAGCGGAUUUUCAGAAAUUCCGAACUUCACGAAAAAAUAAACUCUCAGCAUCAUAAUUUUACAGGUCUUCUUGAGAAUCGGCGAGUUGCACGAAGAAAACGAACGAAAAAAGAAAGGGCUCAAAGAGGGAGAUCAACUGCCCGUAGUCAAGAUCCACGAAGGGGGCGGCAAAAAUAGUGAGCUUUUGGAGGACGCACUGGGAAGUCCAAAAACGUUGUCAUAGAGGGGUCCCUCUAGUUCUGUAUAUAGAGUGGAGUCCGUGGAAAUUAUUUUUUUUGGUUCAUAAUAUUUCAUUCUUGAACCGCCGCAGGGAUCCCUAUAGGGACCAUAAAAUAACCCUCUUUAGGGCUCCUUAAAACCACGAACCCCUAUAGGGACCUCUCAAAAUUUAGUAUGUAGCGUAUUCGAGAUGGUGACGUCUUUAAAACACAACAGAAAGAAAAGCUACAGUAAACCAAGACUUUUUGGCGCUUUCGUUUCGAGACACUACAAAAGAAGUUGCAAAAGGUCUUGAAGUGAAAUAAUUUGUAGCCGUUCAAUUUUAAAAUUCAAUCUUUGGUCUGAUUCAAGUUUUAGCAGAAUUUCUUGUCUCAACAGUUUUUAGGUCAUUUUAAAAUGCUCUUGAAAGGUUUUUUUUUCAAAAAAAACUUGUAAGAAGUCUUUAAAAAAAAGAAGAACCAAAAAUAAGAAGAAAUGAUCUGACUCCAGGUACCGAUUACCAUUUCGGAUCGGCUCUGGUCAAAUCCCAACUUGGGGCCAACAUCCGGAAACGCUGUCUCUAUGUGUGGAAUAAUUUCUCGGAAUUUUUCCUGCUCAUCGUCGAAAUUCUCGCUCUUUUCAUUGCUGCCGUCAUUCUGCAGAAAAGCACAGUGAAAGGUCCUUUUUUUCUGAAAUUUCCGAUGUUUGCACUGAGAAACUUUCAAACUAUCUCAAAUUAGACGUGACAAUUAGCGUGGCUAAAAUGGGAGACCAUAUAAGAUCAAUAAAAUGACAAUAAAAAUGGGUAGAAUUUCUUUGAAAACUGUUUUUCCAUUUUCUAUCCUUCUAUCCUUCUGUCUUAGUUUCACAAAUAUUAUUAAAAAAACCGCUUUUUAAAAAAAUCGAAUACUUGCCUUAAGUUUCUGAAAGAAAAUGUUGUUUAUGAUUUUUUUCACUUUUUCUGAAAAAUUGUAUUUCUUGCUUCCUAAUCGAGUAAAAAGCCUUAAAAAAAGCCUACAGAAAUGAUUCUUUUUGGAGGAUUUUCAAGCAAAAAUAAUCCAUUUUCUCUUUAGGAUUAAUUUAAAGCUCAAAAUUGAAUAGCGCCUCUCGUGAAUUCGGAGUUUUGAUCUUGAUUUCAUACUUUUUUUUCUCGAAUCUACCAUGAUUCAGCCUUUUGAUUUCUCUGAUGACUGAAUAAAUUGAAUUGAAUUGAAUUGAAUUGAACUUUCUCCCUUCUGCCGUGUUCAAAGUAGUUUCGCGAAAUGCAAAAUGAUCUCUGACUCUCCAAAAAUUUAUAUUUUUUUCUUUCUCUGGCGCGAAAUUACUUUGAACACGGAAUUCCAAAAAAAUCUAUUUCUUGAUUUAUGUUCGUAAUAUAAGAUUUUAAAUUUUAGGAAGUUACAUAGUUGAAGUUUGAUAAAAUUUAAGGACUUAAAUUUUUUUCAGAACUCGAUUAUCGAUUUUACAAACUUCCCUCUCAUACGGUAUGACUCACGCCACAGGUAAUAUUCCCAUGUAUUUUCUUUCUGAAAACGGAUUUUUUUUAAAGCGCUACCUGACAAUAAACGAAUCGAUAUGGAAGAUUAUUUUAAGUAUACGGUAAAUUGUCCUACAGUACUCUCGUUUGAAAAUUUCAUUUUUUCUUCAGAUCGAUCCAGCAAUAUCGAAUAUCCAUUCGGAAGCCUUGCUUUUGGAUAGGGUUCUUUAAACAAUGAAAUAAGUUUUUGUGAAUUUUCUUGAUUUCAGAAGUUUCCCGAGUUGGGUUUUGCAAUCGAAAAAAAUGGACCCGAUGCCUUUUUGUAUUACCACAGUGGAGCUCUUCACUCGGUGCCCCACAGUCUGAACUUUCUCUUCAACUCGUAUCUGUCCAAUUGGGUGAUUUUUUUAUUGAAUUUUUCGCGAUUAUUUAAAUUUUUUUCUUUGAUAACAAAAUGGCCCAAUUUAGAGUAAUUCUAUGUCUCGUAGUAGCUUGAUCCUAAUUUUUCGAUUGAAAUGAUUUUUUUGAUAUUUUUUUCAAAAAAUUGAGAAAAAAUUGGCCUGGUUUGCUGAAAUUCAAUUUUUUUCAGUAAGAAAUGGAAAUAAUUAUAUUUUUCUCACGUUUUGAGUUUUAGAUUUUCAGUCGGAAGCUAAAUGAAAAAAAUUUGAAUUUUUUUAUUUUUUUGAAAAAAAUUCAGAAAAUGGCCCGAUUCAGAAUGGUUCUAUGUAGCUUGAUUUAAAUUUUUCAAAUAAAAAUAAUUUUUUUAAUAGUUUUCAAAAAAAUCGAGAAAUUCGCCCUGAUUGAGUUAGGCUUUCUAUGAUUCGUUGUAGUGCUAAAUCUCGAAUUUUUUUCAGUAAUUUUUUUAGCCGAAAUUGAAUUUUUUUCGUUAUUUUUUUGAAAAAAAUAAGAAAAAUGAAACGAUGUUUUAUGACUUCAUGUGUCGUAGUAGCGCGAAACCAGAAGUUUGAUUUUUUUGAAAAAAUAAUAUGAUUAUUUGGAUUUUUUUCUGUUUAAUAAUGGAUUUUAGAUUUUUUGAACUUUUUUUAUUCACCUACAAUUAGGGGGCGCAAAGCCCCGCCCUCCAGUUGUACGCCGCGCGCCUCGUUUUUGGCCAUAACUUUUUUUCUUAGUGGAGCUUUUUCAAAAACUAAACGGAUUAUGAAAUUGAACAGUCUCCUCUAUCAAAAAUGUGAAAAAAACAUAUUUUUUUGAAUCGUUCUGAAGAAAUGGCUUGCGGACCCUACCUACAAUCUAUCCGAUUCAAUCGUGAUUUUUUUUGAGAUUUUUUUUAAAAAGUAAUUUUAAUUUAGAACACAAUAAUAGGUUUUAGGUGAUGAAAAAAACUUCUUAGAUGAAUAAAUUUAUCAAUUUCAAACUAAUUCAAACGUAUAUUACAUCGCAGAACUUUGAUGAUUUGCUGAGAAUUUUUUUAAAUUUUUUUAAAGUUUUAGGAUGAAAGCGGCAGUGCAAACUUCAUCAAAGCUUCCGUAAUACUUGCCGAAAAAGUGAGUUUUUUUCAUUAUCGUUGUACUCGACUUAAUCGAGUGCCAGAAGAGCCACUUUCUGGCUUUUUAUAUCACUAAAAGAGCUUCUAUCGUGAAAAGAACAAGAAGAUGUUGAUACUCAUUUAUACUUUUCUAGGAUAAAGGAUCGGUAGUCAUGAUGGUGGUGAUGUUGACCGCCGCCUUGACAGUCGCCUACUUUGUCAUUUUUCCCGUCGUCGAGAAAGCGAGCGCCUUCCGACAUCAGGUAUAGACGAUUCACGGCUAGCUUGGGACGCAAAAAGGCGUGGCCUGUCUGCACUCUCCACCAAUCAGGGCACUGUCUCGUCUCUUUUCCUGGCAGGACCCUUUUCUCGAUGGAUCAAGUCAGCUGUAAAUCAGCUAUAUACUGCAAUACUUUGCACAGUGAAAAGUGGAUAAUGGCCGCUAAAGGGGGAGGCUCAAAAGAGGCCGUAGAAAGGCAGUAAAAAGGCAACAAAGAGAGUCCCUUUAUCGAGCCUUCCAAUUUUUUCUGGGAUUUUAAAGGCUCAAGUGAGGGUGGGAAAAGGGAAAGGCAGCAAAAAUGGUGCAUAAAAGCCGAUGAAAUGGCCCAAAAAGGCAAGAAAAAGAACCAUUGUAACCUUAAAAGGAACAUUUUUAUAAAGCCGUUUUUUGGCCUUUCCGACUUUGCCUAUGCUCAAAAUUUCGUCUCAUAGGGGAAGCUUUGAAAAUUUUUAAGAGAACUCUUUUUUUUCACGGCAGGCUACAGAUUUUUGUACAGAAAGCUCCAGCAAUACGGAAAAGCUUCAAAAAAGAUCUUUUAAGAGUCCCCAAAAAUUGUUUCAUGUUACAUUUUCACAACCUUCCGUUAGCUAAAAAAUAUCUUUUCCAAAAGAUUCGAAAAGGAUCCUCUGAGGAAAAAAAAAUUGCCGAAAUUUUUUUGGAGCUCCUCCAGCUCCUUCUGAGGGUCAUCAAUUGAAAAAAGCUGCAUUGAGUCCUAUUGGGAGAAAAAACCUCCUAUACCCCCUUUUUUGGACCCUUAUAUUAUAGGGCUCCCUAAAUGGCCAUUCAGUACCAUCUUGGCGUUUUUACUAGUGUAAGAACUAAAACACGGUGGGCCGAGUCAAAACCUCCGCCGUUCCAAAGUGACGUCAUGGAAACGUCAGAGACUAUGAGAGCGUAAUUGACAGGAAUUAUUAAAGGCGCAGACCGCCGUAGUGCCAGAAGUCUUUGAGAAGAAUAGAAUUUUCUUAACAUAAACACAAAUUUUCUGCGCAAAAGCGCCGCAGUUCAUGCACAAGACACACGACACUUUACGUAGAAAAAAAAAAUGGGCGGGGCGUCGUAAAAAAAAACGCCGCUGGAGUCCUGGAGAUUUCACCACUGUUUAUUACCGUUCAUUCACAGUUUAUCAGAAGAACUUUCGUUUCCCAUCCUUUUUAAAAAAAUUUUCGCACGGUCGCGAGAGAAGAGUAUCUUGCAGCAAAUGCUGACUGGGAUGAGCCCGAUAACCUUGUGGGGCGUUAACAUGUUUAUGGACUACGCUUUCUACAUGUUCGUCGUCGCAAUGUACUUUUUCUUCGUCGCCUGUUUCGACUGGAAGCUCGGCGAUAACAAAAAGUCCUUUUACCUUGAAAUUUAUCCGACUCCAAACCGUUUUCCAGGAUGUUCGCCGUAUGGUUGGUCUAUUUCGCAGCGUCGGCACCUUUUGUCUACACGACAUCGUUCCUUUUCGCUGCUGCUUCGAAGGUUUUACCUCUUCCGAAAAUUUAUCAGUUGUUUGUCAUUUUUCCUACAGUAGCGGUUUUAGGCGGGAAAAGCGAAUUCGAAAGCAAUCUUUUUUGUCGAUUUUAGCUCUUUUUUGAUCGUUUAUUUUGUUUAACAUGUUGGAUUUUGCAGUUGGAAGCAUUAUAUUCUCGAAAAAUUGCAUUUUUCUGUAUAUUUUUGUUUUAUUUUUCGGUUCAAAUGGGCCUGAUUUUUUUUUCUUUUUCUGGCAAUAUUUGAGGCGAUAAAUCCCUCAAUUAAUUACUGAAGGGUGAAAUGGAAAAUUUUCUUCUUUUUUUUUUCCGAAAAUAAUUUCUGAUUCCAGGCCUCCUUUAUGCUUCUGAUCUACCUCAUUGCCUCGCCAAUUGCAAUCAUGAUCGUCCUAAUUAUUCUUGGCACUCUCGGUAGUUUUAUUGAAGCUUUCAAUGAAAGUGCCAUGAAUGGGAUGAAGGUGAGAAAUUUCGAAUCCUCUUUUUUUUGUACUCGCUUAUUAUUGAAAGAUUUCCAGAACUUGAUGGCUUUUCUCUUCCCUUCGUAUGCUUUCACGAAAGGAUUGGAAGAUAUGGAGAAGGAGCCAUUGUGUUGGUUUUUUGGUUUUCGUGUACCUAGCACUACGUUUGAACACUGAAAUUUCAUGCUUUAGCUAUUUUUGAAAAGUUGCCAUUAUUUGUUUGACAAAAUGAUCUCAAACUUGAAGUAUUCUGGCCUUUUUGAAGAGAAAAUAGGGAAAAAGAUUUUUUUAUAGUCAUGUGCCGUUAUUCUAUCUAAUUUCUGCCCCAUAUUCUGCAUUUUUCUCUGAUAGUAUCUUCACGUCUGACCCGAGCUUUAGAAAAAAGUCUUGACACGAUGAAAAAGGAGGCAGUGCCUGACUGGAGGAGAGCCCAGAAGCUCGCCGUGAAUCGACUAUAAUGAAAUUAUUAGAUUUUUCCAGAUGGAACUAACAAUCACUCAGUUAUUGAAACUCUAGAUAGUCGAAAAAAUCUUACAAGAAAUCUCCAAAUAGUUCCUAAAAAGUGCUGAAAAUAUUUCUCGAAUCAUAAGAAUUUUUUUUUGGACUUUGGUCUGAUUUGGGUCUUGAAAUAACCCGCCGAAAAAUACGACCUGGACUAGAUCUUUCAAAAUAAGGUAACUCACAAAUUUUCUCUUGUGCAUUUACUUUCAACUUUCUUUAUUAUCAAACUUUUCGAUUUUUUUCGAUUUCUUGAAUAAAAAUAGGACUCAUUGACGUUCAAGGAAUGUCAAAUAUAAUGCGAUCGAAGAUUUCCUAAAUUGUUUUUACCAAAAAAGCAGAAGAAAAAGUCAAUUCCAGGGGAACUGAUCCGAUGCAUGUUGCUCUUCUCAAUCUUCUCCUCUUUGAUUUUCUUCUCGACGCAAGUUCGAGUAACUACGAAACGAUUUUUUCUCAGUCAUUAUAUAGCGCAUUUCAGUCUGUCCGUCGUUUCAUUUUCAACAAAACGACUGGAGGUUUGAAGGAUCCCGUCGAGUUUGUCAGUAUUUUUCUUGUUUUCGAUAGGAAAUGGGUAUUGAUUAAGAAUGGCAGUGACGACAAUGUCAAGGCGGAACAGUUGCGAGUGAAGGCGGGUCAAACGGAAGGAUCCAUUCUGGUGGUCAAGGUGAGAAAAAACCUAAUAUAGUUCAUCUAGUUCACGCAUCUACCGCUGCCCUAAGCCUUUAUAAAAAUCUUUUAGAACUUGACCAAAAUCUUCAAAAAAUACCGAGCUGUGAACGGUCUCCACAUGGCCAUUGGCCACAGCGAGUGCUUCGGAUUUCUGGGCGUCAAUGGCGCUGGAAAAACGACGACGUUGGAUAUCCUGACCGGAAAGACUUUCCUCACUUCCGGCACGGCUACCGUCAAUGGCGUUGACGUCUCCAAGAAGACGGUCAGAUUUUUCAGAAGGAACUGUUUGAAUUUCUGAUUUUAGACUUUGGGAUACUGCCCUCAGGUGGACCCACUGAUCCCGGAGCUGACUGGAAGACAGACUUUUGAGGUUUUUGUUGACAGUUAUUGAGAGAUUCAACAUAAAGUAUAAACGGCCUUCAGUUCAACCAAGCUACUAAAAAAAAACUAUUCAAAACCUAUACGAAGUUAUUUGCAGUUGAUCGCCCAAAUGCAUGGCUACAAAAAUUUCAAAACUAAAGCCUCGGUUUGUCUUGAAGGCGUUGGCCUGAAGGAACUGGGAGACAAGAAGGUCAAGCACUACAGGUGCGUCUUCAGAAGAGAAAAAUUGACGUCGAGACUUUUAUUUUUCAGUGGAGGACAGCGUAGAAGAAUCUCGCUCGGCGUCGCCUUGUUAUCGCCCUCAGAUCUGAUCAUCCUCGACGAACCGACGGCCGGUGUUGAUCCCAAGGUAGUUUGGAUCCUUGGAUCAACUCCAAGAAACGAUUCAGACACGCCAUGAGAUUUGGGACACCCUGUGGCAGGCGAUGAAGUCGGCGUCGUUGAUUCUGACGUCACACUCGAUGGACGAAUGCGAGGCUCUCUGCAACCGGAUCACCAUCAUGAAGAAGGGAAAUAUGCUCACCAUCGGCACCCCUCAGGACAUCAAGUCAAAGUGAGGGAAAAGGUCUACGGAGAGUCUAUCGGAAUGCUCCCAGGUAUGGAAAGACGUUCACUCUCACCAUUUCUGUGGACGACGUCGUCAGUCGUCACAGAGCUCUCUCGUUGGUUCAAGCCAGGUGUGUUAUUACCUCAAGGUCUUCCAAAUUGCAUAUUUCGUGAAACUGUAGAAGAAAUGUGCGUGGAGAAGUAAAUAGCUCAUAUAAGGCUGGGGGGAGUAAGACUUAAAAAAGUUAUAUAAGAUGAGGAAAAAAUCUACCUUGGACAUCAGGACGGUAGCUAGACAUUUGACCAUUCUUCAGAGACAAUUCUUCAAAGAACCAUGGGAUUAUUGGAGAGUUGUUUGAUGGUUGUUGGAACCGUCGUUGAUCAAGAAUGACGUGUAGAUCAUCUCGUCCCUCUUGUGGUAGUAGUAAACGAGUUUUGAGCUUUCCGACGAUGACUUCUCCAUAGGAACAGACUGCCCAGCUUGUCCAGGGUCGAAAUAAGUCUCAGACGAGAUAGGAGAUGAAUGCCUAGCACUCGAAAGGUGGAAAUGGAAUAAUGUAAGAUGUUAACAUGGUGAAUCAGAGAUGACGAGUUUUGAACCUAUUGACGAUCACUGUUUCUCAGGGAUGUAGUGCUGACUUUUUUAGAAGGAUUAAGGAUGCACAGAUGACCAGGAAAAUGGUCUACUCAAGUAUGAGAACAAUAGCGAAGCAUUGAAAGGAAAAGCAUCGAAAUGAGAUUGGAAAGAAAUAUAGUCAAUUUUUUCCGAGUGGCAAGGCGAGAUGGUAGAUUGGCAAGAGUGACGCAGCUGUUUGGCGGAAAAAUGUUGAUCAAACAUGAGUCACAACUUUUUCAAAUUUUCGAGCUUGAUACCGUGUUCAAAGUGAUUCCACGAAGCUAAAAAUAUAGCUCAUUUACGGCUAGCUUGGGACGCUAAGGGGGCGUGUCCUGUCUGCGCUCUCCACGAGCCAGGCGCUAUCUCGUGCAUUAUCGUGUCAGGAACCUUUUUCCGAUGGAUCAAUUGAGUCGUGAAUCAGCUAUAGCUGUCCGAGAGUUCCGCUGAAACUACUUUGAACAUGAUUUUCCGCAAGAAAGUCGCGUCGCGAAUGCAACGCUUCAAUCUUACUAUUCCUCCGCUCUCAAAGAAAAUUAAGAGAUCUUCUAAGGGAGAGGUUCUCUGAGAGGAUUCUCUAGGAGGCACACUAUGUCUACUAAACUCAAUUUAUAAAUAAAUGAAAUAUGAAGUUGUUUCAAGCUUUCAUAAUGCAGCUACUGAGUAACGCGGCACUUUCUGUGAAAAAAAUGCAAUUUUUUUCCCAAAAGAAGGAAGUUUGUUGCAGAUAUCCACAGUCGGUUUGUAAAGACCCAAACACUAACAACCUCGCUUGGAUGGUAUUUUGCAAAAUGUCUUUGAAAAUAUUCAUUUUUGAUAUCUUUAGUUACCAAAAGAAGCUGGGGAUAAGUGGUCGACGAAGUUCAAAGAAGCCCAGGAGCUUGCUCAAUGGAUCGGGUCGGAUCGCUACUGUUUGGAGCAAUCGACCCUCGAGGAAACUUUCUUGCGAAUCAUUUCCGAUGAUCCGGACCAGGGAAUUGGCGGCGCCGGCGGUCCGGCUGCCGCAGGUGAUGCUCCACCUCCGCCGGCGCCCGAUGCGCCACCACCGAUCCAAGGAUAUCCUCCGCCUCCGCUUCCGCCGCCGGUGCAAGUAACUCAAGGAUUGCCUCCGCCGCCAGCUCCGGCGCCAUUCGCUCAAGAAUACCCACCACCGCCGCCACCCCCGCCGCCACCGCCGCCACCACCACCGCCCCCGGUACAGUAUCAGCAGCCGCCGCCACCGCCGCCACCGCCCCCGGCACAGAAUCAGCAGCCGCCGCCUCAGCCUCAAAUUGUCAUCCAGCCAACUCCGCAAAAGCCUCAGCCUCAAAUCGUCAUCCAACCAACACCUCAAAGACCUCAGCCUCAGCCUCAGAUUGUCAUCCAGCCAACGCCUCAAAAGCCUCAGCCUCAGAUUGUCAUCCAGCCAACGCCUCAAAGGCCUCCCGCUCAGCUGGCGCCAAAGCCUCAGCCUCAGAUCGUCAUCCAGCCGACACCUCAAAAGCCUCAGCCUCAAAUUGUCAUCCAGCCAACGCCGGCCGCUCCAGCUGCGCCCAAGCCGCCGCCAGCGCCCAUGAAAGGCUACGUAGCGCUUGCCGGCUACAACCGCGGUCCUCAAUAGGAAUCGUCCGUCUAGCCAGCCGUAUCGCCAAUUUUUUUUUUAUUAUAGCUCACCAUAAAAACUUCACAAAUUUUUUUAUUCGAAUCCGUUCGUUUCAAUAAAAAUUGAAUUGAUUCAAUCGUUUUGUUUUUCUUUUUUAAAAGAAACCAUCGUAGAAGGGAAUGAGAGAAAAAUUUUUACCGUAGUUCUCAAUGACAGAGUUUUGGAAAGUCUCAGGUUGGAAGUCACACUAAACUUUGACGUUGUGUGUAAGAAUUUCAAAUAAGAUCUCUUCAUUUUGUAUAGUCUGUGUAGCACGACUUGAAAUUAUACCAAACGACUAUCCGCUGUGCCGCUGCGCGCCUUUGCCAACCUUUGUCGCGCUUUCAAUUUUUUUUUAUUUUUUGUUAAGGUGCUCUACUUUCAAGUGCUCCCACAGCAAUAACAGUCAAUUGAAAGCGCGACCUAGAUUCGAAAGACGCUCCGCGAACGCACGCAGCGGAACAGCGGAAUGUCGUUCGGCGAAAUUUUUAAGUCGUGGCACACAGGCUAUAAAGGCUAGGACUUCAAGUUCUGCUCUAGCCAAUCUGCCCUUUUUUUUCUUACCUCCUGCGUUGUCUUUUUUCUGGAAGUUGGAAGAAGCUGAGAGAAGACGAAGAUAACUAACUUCUAGAAAGUACGGCCAAACAGAAAUAAGCUUCUGAAUAUUUCAGUUAGUUCCUUUUUUCAAAUUUUCGAUCAAACCUACCGCUAACUCAUAUUUUAAGCGAAUAAAAUUUGUUGAUAGCCGCACCUGAGGUUCUCUUUGUAACGGAUGGCAACGUUAAAAAAAAAGUUUGACUGGCAUGAACUUAUGAGUCAAUCGGAUCACCAUUUCUUUUUAUAUUUUAGCGUUUCUACUUCUGGAUUUUUUUUGUCUAAGGUGAUGAGAAUUUUUCUUUUGCUCUUUUGACCGCUGCAUGAGUUUGGAACCAAGGUUGGACCAAGCCAUAAAACGUGGGUAAGACCAAUUUUCCAAUAAAGGGGAAGAAACUGUUUAUUGCAUCUUCAAUGUAAGAAUACAUGUACAAUUGACUUUCAUUGAUUUAACUGUGUUUUUUUAAACGGCGGCAGGAGCUGUGGCUUAAGCAGAGAAUUUUUGAAUUUCGCUCGUAGAACAUCAGGUACAAGAGAGGUCGGCUCUCCGAAGGCCGAUGGCAGAGAUUGAGCUUUUUCGCUGCAUGCAGCUCCCAAUUUUAUUUACCCCGGAGGAGGGAUGAAAGGCUUGGUCGACGGCGGGGGGAGCUCGAAUCUACGAACUCGCGGACGUUAGAAAUGAUUAUUUUCCAGCUAAGCUAUGCCGUCCCCGAAUAACGGGUAAGACUCAAAAAUCGUUCAAAUUCUAAGAAUUAACAUUUACUGAGCUGGAUAAUUUCAAGAAAGUUUACGAAAACUCCAGGUGCUCUCAGGGGUUUGAAGAUCUCCUUUUAUAUUUUAAUUUUUGGGGGCGCCGUAGCGCGCCAGGUUGUGCGCCUGUCUACGGUCCACAGGGUCCCAAGUUCGAUCCCCGCCUCGACCCAACCAAGGGGUUUAAGAAAUGUUGGUAGUGGGAAACCACGAACCCAGUCGUCACACACAAGGACGGAUAUGUCACUGGAGCCUUUCCACUGAUAUCAGGAUAGGAACUCGACUUGGGGCGCCGACGCCGCUCAAGCGGUACGAAGGCGUAGGAAGAAGAAGAAAUUUUAAUUUGGGAUGGUUCAAAUAAUUUACAAACUAAUUUUACAGGACGACAAGAUCAACCCAAAGUCAGGCGCUCGGCAAGGGGAAAGCUUCCAAGUUUGCAAAAUCCAAGUUGGUCAUUUUCCAAUUUAUUCGAAGGCCAAAACAUAA